AUGAGCUGCUGUGGAACCCGCUGAUCUCACAGGUCACGUGACUCUCUGACUGAUGACGUACGCUCGCUGCUAGAGGCUCGAUUCAGGCGUGAUUCCACGCUUUUACGCGUUUUAUAUCUAUCUACGUUUGCUGAUUCUGUCUGAUCAUGUCCACAGAUGUGUUGGAAGCCACAGUGAUGCUGGAGGCCUUGCGUGUGACCGAGCUUCGUCUUCUGCUCUCCAAGAUGGGCAAGAGUAAAAGCGGCCUGAAGAAGGAUCUCAUGAAGAGAGUCGUGGAUCUCCUGCACAAUGAAUGCAAUCCUGAGCUUCUGUCUGCUGUCCGGGAGCUGCACAAACUCCGACAGGUUUCCAAAGACGCCCGCAGGAGCUCAAAGCCCAGUCCUGUACAAAUCAUCUCCAUGCCGGCGUGUGUCUCGCCCGAGAAUCUCCAGUCACCCGUAUCGAUCUCUACAGAACCUCAGAUGAUCAAACUGCCCUUCUACCAGACGCUGGACACCAUCCUGCCACCGGCUCCUCUGGUGCCCAUGUUUGAAGGAGCCAUGCAGAACUCAGAUUUCUUGUUUCAUCUCAGUGCGAGUCAACAAGCUCAGAUCCAGAACAGCAAGACAUCUCAGUCCGGUCUGACGUCUGUUCAAGUGGUGCUCAGGAUUUGCUAUAGUGAGAGCAUCGGCGUUGAAGAAGAUCAGUAUCCACCAAACAUCUGUGUUUCAGUUAAUCAUGCUAACUGUCUCAUAGAGUGUACCUAUUCAUCCACUAAAUUGGGGACUGAACCUUCUCGUCCGUGUCGACCGAUCGACCUCACACCUAGUUUAUACCUUACAUUCACAAACCGAUUCUCAGUGCUGUGGGGAAACUUCGGCAAGAGUUACACGGUGGCUGUGUAUCUGGUGCGGCUCGUGCCGUCUCAGGAUCUGUUGGAUCAUCUCCGCAGGACCGCGAUGGAGCAGCAGGAGCUCUGCAGACGGAGAGUUUCUGAGAAGUUGCGCUCUGAUCCAGAAAAAGAGAUUUCUACUACCGGUUUGCAGGUAUCGCUAAUUUGUCCACUAGCAAAGAUGCGUAUGAGUGUUCCCUGUCGAGCUCGAGGCUGUGCUCACCUGCAGUGCUUCGAUGCUUCCUUCUACCUGCAAAUGAACGAGAGGAAGCCCAGGUGGACGUGUCCCGUGUGCCACAGAUACGCUCCGUUUGAUGAGCUGCUCAUCGACAGUUUGCUGUGUGAUGUUUUGGAGAGCUGUGGUGAGGAUGAGGAGGAGAUUGAGUUUCUGUCUGACAGCAGCUGGAGAGCCGUGAGACACGACAGAAGCCACAAAAACAAAGAACGAGUUCAACAUCCACAGAUCAAUCGCAAGGUUAUCGUGGAUCUGACUCACUCUUCCUCCGACGAUGAGGGUUUCCACAAAGAAGAGACGGUUUCUACACAUUUAGAAGACAAAAGUGUGCACUUCAGGAAAUGUGGCACAGUUAAAACUCCUAAAGCAAAGAAGUCGAAAAACCCAGGGCCAAAGCUAUUAACUAAGCUUUAAAUAUUUUUAGUUUCUGUUUUCGUUUUUAAUAAAUGUUAAUAUUGCCUUAUUUUUAGCAAUGACAAUCUGAUGACUGAUGUGAACCUUUUGUCAUUCACUCAUUGUGAGGUGAAUAUAUGUUGUGUUUGUCUUCAUUGUGAUGGGAAUAAAGUUUCAUAAUCAAAUAAA